AUGUCUUUAAAUACCGCUCACGCCGAUCACGGAGUUUUGAUACACGCAGGGGAAUGCAUCAUCUUGUUUUCUGACAAUGUGUCAGUUGAAUUCUAUGGGAAUGAUACACCAGAGUUUAAGGGGAUCAAGGAGGGACGGAUGUACCUCACUACUCAUAGAAUGAUUUACAAUUCAAAGAAGAAUACAGAUGCCAUGAGAUCAUUCAGUUUUCCUUUUAUUGCAUUGCAAGAUGUAACUGUGGAACAACCUAUGUUCUCUGCCAACUGUAUAAAAGGUAAAGUUCGUGCCCAACCUAAUGGCAACUUUAUUGGUGAGGUCAAAUUCAAGCUUACCUUCAAAUCAGGAGGUGCUAUUGAGUAUGGACAAGCCAUGUUAAAAGCUGCUCAUCUUGCUUCUCGUCAUAUGGCAGCUGGUGCUUCGCCACCUCCUUAUACCCCACCGACUGGACCGUGGCAAGCCGCACCACCACCAGCAUAUGCACCUCCUCCACAAGGAUAUUAUGGAUGGGUGCCACCUUAUUCUGCUUUUCCAGACCAACCUCCACCAAACUCAGUAUUCGUGUCGAAUACCCCACCUCCCUACCCUGGCGUGACUGGAGCAUCUUACCCGACGGGCCCAGGGUUUUCCGGGGGUGGUGGGUUUGUGGUUCCAGGAGGGGCUCCUCCUGGCUACCCGGGAGCAUCAGCGCCACCACCCGGAUAUCCAGGGGGUUUCGCAGCUUCAGCACCACCAACUGGCAUGUCUUCUGCUGAUGCUAAAGCAGCUGAAGCAGCUCAGAGUGCAUACUACGAUCCAAACAGGCCACAAACAGCAUAUGUGCCACCACCUUAUAAUGAUCAGCCACCGACCUAUCAAGAAUCUACGUCGAAAAAGCAGAAUUAAUGCACUGUCCGCAUUAUCACAUGAAACCAUGGCUGUCGGAUAACCCAAAGAGUAUUAGACAAUAAAAUGUAAAAGUUCAUAAAAGCUUUUACGUCUCCUUUGGGUGUUACAAGUGGUAAAUUAAAUCUAACCACUACAACUGGUUUACAACCCAGAGAAUAUUUGGAUUUAUAAAAUUAUAAAAAUUAAUUAUUCUUUGCAAGAUGACAUUAUACCAUUUUUAUGAAUAAAGCAAUUGUGGUAAAGAAAUGUAAAAAAUAAUAAUUAAUGUAAUCAAUGCAUUC